UCCUCCUCCUCCUCCUCCUCCUCUGCUUUCUCUGCCUGUUGCUGUCUCUUCUUCACCUCCUCGCCUUCACUCCACUGAUCCUGUGUCCGACCACUGAGGAUGGAGAAAGCAGCUGAGGUGUUGUUGCCCCCCCAGCCGGACAAGGCGUCCUCCUCCCUGGACCCUGAGAGCUCUGAGGGUGAGGCAUCAGCAGCAAGAGCUAGCGCCUCCUCCUUCGACCCCUUGGAGGAGUUCGGUCGACGGCUGGAGGACAUCAUCAGCACGUACGGCUCAGCGGUCGGCGUCCCGGACAAACAGCAGAGUUUGGUGGAGGCAGAGAUGGAGAAGAUGAAGGUGGAGGCGAAAGGUGAUGUCACAGUUUCCAUGGACACAGAGGUCUCUCUCAUCAUGCAGAGUCUGAACAAUCUCGCUUCCCCGCAGCAGAAACUGGACGAUCUGGUCAGGAAGUACGCGGAAAUGGCAGCUCUGCGUCGCUGUGAUGAGCAGAAGUCGAGCGUCCUGCAGCAGAAGCUGUCCGUCCUGCUGGAGGAGCGGCAGCAGCUGCAGGCCGAGCGACGCAGCAGCGCAGCAGCUCGCAGCAAACUGGAGACUCUGUGCAGAGAGCUGCAGUCGCACUACAGCGUGAUGAGGGAGGAGACUCUUCAGCGCUGCAGGGAGGACGAGGAGAAGAGGACAGAGAUCACCAACCACUUCCAGAACAUGCUGACGGAGAUCCAGACUCAGAUCGAGCAGCACAGCACCCGAAACGACAAGCUGUGUCGCGAGAACACCCACCUCACCAACAAACUGGAGGGUCUGAUGAGCCAGUGUGAGCGGAGGGAGGAGAAUUUGGAGAAGAUCGGCAAACACCGCGACCUGCAGCACCAGCUGACUGAAGCCAAACUGCAGCAGGCCAACGCUCUGCUGGCUGAAGCUGAGGACAAACACAAGAGAGAGAAGGAAUACUUACUGGUUCAGGCUGCUGAGUGGAAACUGCAGGCUCAGACACUCAGAGAGCAGGAGACUGUCAUGCAGGCACAGCUGGCCCUCUACGCUCAGAAGUUUGACGAGUUUCAGGCAACACUGGCCAAGAGCAACGAAAUCUACGUCCGCUUCAAGAAGGAGAUGGAUAAUAUGUCAGACAAGAUGAAGAAGAUGGAGAAAGAAUCAAAUCUGUGGAAGACGAGAUUUGAGAACUGCAACAAGGCCCUGACUGAUAUGAUUGAAGAGAGAGCUGAGAAAAGCCGAGAGUACGACCUGUUCGUCCUGAAGAUUCAGAAGCUGGAGAAGCUGUGUCACGCCCUGCAGAACGAGAGGAAAAUCCUCUAUGACAAGAUCAAGGAGGUUCGUCGCACUAAUGCCAACAUCCCAGCGAAGUACUUAGACUCCUUAAACGUUGAUGACGUCCCCAAAACUGAAGAUGCCAGCAAAUCUGACCUCCUGACUACUGAGGAGAUCCAGGAGAUCCAGAAGGACGAUCCGGUCCUGACAGAGGAUAUGAGCCGCCUGAGGGAGGAGCAGGCCAAGCUGCAGGAGUUUGCCACCUCGCUGUUGGCCACACCUUCUGACGAUGAAAAAGAGGAGAACGAGGAUUUAGAUACUGAAGAAGAUCUGGUGUCUUCUGCGUUUGGUCAGUUUAGAACCAAGACUCAGGUCAAAGAAGAUCUGGUUCCAGUCCCCGAGCAGGCAGAAAAUGUCAAAUCAGAGGCAGCAGAAUCUGAGCUUGCAGCGCCAGUCAAAGUUGAGGAGGUUCAAAAUCCAGUCAUGCCUACACCAGAAGCUCCUACACCUGAGCAGACGACCCCGGACACAAUGCCAACAGACCCAAACCUAAAGGUUCAAACACAAGUCGAAGUUGCAGAGGUGCAACAACUCAAUGAGGAGAUCCAACAGCAGCAACCUGUUGCACCAGUACAAGCACCAGAGCCUGAGAAAACCAAUCCACCAACGGAACCAGAAACAACAAAGGCUGAGGUCACGGAGGAGACUGGGGAGGUCACACCAGUGGUCCCAGUGGAAGAGAAGAAGGCCCAGCAGCAGCCAGCUAAACCAGAAGAAGCACCAAAAACCUCAGAGUCAGCUCCACCUCCUGCAAACACACCGAAAGCUGCUGCCUCGUCAGAAGUCGACUCUUCCAAGAAGCAGGCGCCAAAGAAAAAGAAGAAGAGGAACGGCAAGAACGCUAGCUAAGCUGUAGGAUGUGCAGAAGGUGUGUGUGUGUGUGUGUGUUGUGUUAUCUGGGGAUAGUGAGUGUGCGUAACAGAAAUCAUACCAGGCUUUUGCAACUUCUUUUUGCAAAGGUUCAAAUCUUUAGUUUGUCCCAGCUGGUGCAGCUGAGCGAUUCAAUGUCUCCAGAUGAGGACGGACAAAUAAGCCAGCUGUAUUUUACAGUUUAAAUGUCAGAAUGGAGAUUAGAGGGAGUAGAAAGCCGUACUGAUUGGAACAUUCAGUGAACAGAAGUACCAGGAAUGGGUUGAUAUCAGUGCCAGUAAAAAACAAAAAUCAGGUCGCAUUAAGUCGGCUUCAAUAAAGCAAUUUUUUGACAAACUUA